GGUCGGUACUUAGCACACCGGUCGAAGUCGGUGUAUUCUCUUCAGCGUUUUUCAUUAAUCCCAUUGUAAUUUGUAAUGUUUUCUUCAUUGAUUUUACAUUUAGUAAUAUAAAAACAUUCGUUCACAUCCGGAACAUAAUAUUUAAACGAUAAUUAUAUUUCGAUGACUAUAAACAAGCACGCGGAAACAAUUAAACGUUAGCUGCAGAUAUAGAGACUGCUGGCAUCACUUGAAAAAUGAUCAAGAUGAGUCCAAGUCACACUAAUUCAUUUUCACCAGCAAAAAUAAGUUCACCUAGUUCAAAUUCUAAAAGACCACUUCUAAACACAGACAAUGAAGAUAGCUCUAAUGAAAAUGAUAAUAUUUCUUCUAAAAGGAAAAAAUCAUGUAGUUUGAGCAUAGAAGAUAUCAAUGAAGCUGUUCAAACAACCACUAGGGGAUACAUGACCAGACAUCGAUUGCUUAAACAACUGGAAGAGAAUAACAAAUUAAAAACAUCUCAAGAUUCAAAAAUGCCUAUUAACCAUGAAGCAACCAAGUCCAAAAAACCUCCAAGAAAGAGAAGUAAAAACUUCCAAAAAAACAAAAAAGUCAUGCCUGGAUAUGUUUUUACAAAUGACAUUGUUUCUUCAUCUUUAAAUUUCAAAAGAAUAAAAACAAAGAAAAAACGUAAUACAAAUUCUACGCCAUCGUUGUUUGAAUCAGGUUCUGAAUCUGAAGAAGAACUUCAAUUAACUCAAACUAGUGCAACAACUUCUAAUACAGUUAACAGAGCAAAUGAAUCUUCAUUGGCCUCAGAUUGUGCAUCUACUUUUACUAAAGAUAGUGGAAUGAAAAAGUAUUUCAACAAGAAAUCAACUUUAAAAUUAAAAGAUACUAGUAAUCAUAAUAUACAAAUGGGUAAAAGCAAUGAAUUGAAUAGUGAAGAAGAUAUAGAUGUAUCUUUUUGCCAAAAGAAAAAUCCAGCUCAAGUUUUUCGUGUAAUUAUACGCGAUAAUCCGUCAUUAAAAUCUAUGAAUUCAGACGAUACCUCAACUUUAAAUAGUAAUUCAUCAGAAUGUCCUGGAGAUUCACCUCGAUAUUUGUUAGUCAAUAACGUCACGGGAAAAAAAACUGUGCUAGAGAAAAAUACAAUCAAAUCACCUCAAGUGAAUGUAAAUAAUGAAAAUACCUAUAACACUAGUCUACAAAAAAGUAUGUUUGACUUGCCUUUAACGCCUGCUUCGGUUAUUGAAUCUUUAUGUAGCGAUGAUGGUUCUAACGAGAGUAUAAAUAGUCAACGAACUAAUGGCAGCAAUUUAGAAAUGUCAAAUACAUUUUUAAUAAAUAGUCAACAAACAAACAAAGAAGCAGGACAAGAUGAUUUAAAAAUUAAGAAUACACUUGCCACUCCAAUUCAUUUUGAUUUUUCUGAUUUUGUUGCUACCGAACUACCUCAAGCGAUUAUAAAUGAGCAAACCAAUGAUGCUGAUAACAAGUUGACUAAUAAAAGUAUUUUAGUAUCUCAAACAGCAACUAAUACAAAUGUAAUAAUUAAUUCAUGUAUAAACGAGAAAUUACGAAGCUCCCUUCCAGUUGAGAAUAAGUGUAAGUGUAAAACAUACUUUGAUCUUGACAUAACUCUCAAUAAAAUAUUAAAUACAAAAUUAAAGCAUUUUGUGUUUGAUAUCAACACUCAAAAAGCUCGUGAUAAAUUUCAUCAUCAAAAAAUUGCUGAAAACAGUGCUUUACAAAGUCUAAUAACAAAAGGGAAAGAAAGCUUAAUUAGACCGAGAAACAACAUAGUCAAUAAAGGAAACAUUGUAAAAGUUAAACCAGUACUUAAACGUAUGAAUGAAAUUUUAGAAGUAGCUUCAAAACCAUUAAAAGAUGACCAUGUAGAACCAAUCAUGACCUUCUUAAAGAAUGUUUCAAAUGAAACGGUUGUUCCAAACGAUAUAAUAAAAGAAGACCAUAUAGAACAUACCGCAAUGGAUAUUUCAAAUGAAACUUUAGAAGUGGUUCCAAAAACAUCAAAAAAAGAACAUAUAGAACCAAUUAUGGCCAUCUUAAAGAAUGUUUCAAACAAAACUGUUGUUCCAAACGAUAUAAAAGAAGACCGUAUAGAACAUACCGCAAUGAAUGUGUCAAAUGGAACUUCUGAAGUGUUUCCAAAAACAUCAAAAAUCAAUUGUAUAGAACCCAUUAUAAAUAGCAUAACAAAUGAAACAGUUGUUACUAAUGAUAGAAAAGAAAGCCAUAAUAUAGAACAUGAUAUUGCAAUGAAUAUUUCUGAUGAAACUCUAGGAGUUCCAAAAACAUACGAUAUAGAACCAGACAUAAUGAGUAUUCUAAAUGAAGCUUAUGUAGGUGUAGACUACCACUCCGAUAGUUGUGAAUUUCUCAACGAAAUAUUGGCUGAAAAAGAGAAUGAUGUUGCAACAACAAUGGAAAAUACUUUCGAAUUAGAUACAUGCUUACCAGCCAAAACUGCUGAGUCUGAAAUAAAAAGUGAAAAUACAAAUGGUUAUCAGCUCAAUCCAAAAUGUCAAAAUAGUAAAACUAUUGUCCAGAAAGAUGAACAAUCGUUUGAUAAUACUUUAUAUUCUUCUUCUAAACCCUCAAAAAAUAAAAACCAAAUAAUCCUAAAAGGCAAUUUUAAGAUCGAAAAAAAGGAAUCAAUAGAAAUGAAACAUGUUAAUGGUAAUUUGAACAAAAUACCUAAAUCUUCAACUUUAACAUUUGAAAAUAUUUUUACUAACGAUAGUCCUGUCAAAUAUGAAAAUAAUCAAUCAUCUUGUUUAUUAAAAACUAAUUUGGUUUCUAAAAAAGAAUUAAAUAUUACUGGUCAAAAAAAAGUGGAACACAAGAAAACACAUUUAAAUGAAAAUAAGACAAGUAAAAGUAUAACAUCGCCAAAAAAAUUGUUUUUAGAGAGUGCAUCAAAAAAUAAACCUGAUAAGUCACCAAUACAUCUUAGUAACAAACAAUACCAUUGUGUUAAUAGUCCACUAAAAAGUAUAAUCGAACAGACUAAAACUACGGGUUCUAUCAAUAAUGAAUCAACCCAAAUUACUUUAAUUAAUAUAGUGCCAGUUUCAGUUUCUUAUGAGAAGAAUAUCAAUUCAGACAAUAAUGCAAUAACAACUAAUGACGAAAACAAUUCAAUGGCAAAUAAAAGCAUAUCAUCGCCAAACAAAUUGUCUUUAAAGAGUGCAUCAAAGAAUGAACCUAAUAAGUCACCAAUACAUCUUAGUAGCAACCAAUUUCAUUGCGGUAAUAGUCCACUAAAAAGAGUAAUUGAAUCGACUAAAACUACGUCUUGUACCAAUAAUGAAUGGUUUUCGGAUAGUGAAACAUCUUCUGACGAUGAAUCAACCCAAACUAUGUCAGUUUCAAUUUCUUAUGAAAAUAAUAUCAAUUCAGACAAUAGUGCAAUAACAACUAAUGACGAAAAAAAUUCAAUGGCAAAUAAAAGCAUAUCAUCGCCAAACAAAUUGCCUUUAGAUAGUGCAUCAAAGAAUGAACCUAAUAAGUCACCAAUACAUCUUAGUAGCAACCAAUUUCAUUGCGGUAAUAGUCCACUAAAAAGAGUAAUUGAAUCGACUAAAACUAUGCCUUGUAUCAAUAAUGAAUGGUUUUCGGAUAGUGAAAUAUUUUCUGACAAUGAAUCAACCCAAACUACUUCAAAUAAUGUAGUGCCUGUUUCAAUCUGUAAUGAGAAGAAAAUCAAUUCAUACAAUAGUGCAAUAAUAACUAAUGUAGAUAGUGAAACAUCUUCUGACGAUGAAUCAACCCAAACUACUUCAAAUAAUGUAGUGCCUGAUUCAAUCUGUAAUGGGAAAAAUAUCAAUUUAGACAACAGUACAAUAACACCAGCUUAUGAUGAAAAUAACUCUAUGGAUAAAACAUUGACUCCAUCUACUAAUGUAUGUGAUACGCUUCAUGAUGAAAAGAAACCAGACUAUAAACCAUGUUCAAUAAUCAAAACGACACCAGAUUUUAAAAACAGUCUUAUGGGGCAUAAUGAAGAGAGUAAAUCAUUAUUUGGACUAAUUCAAAAUGGUUUACCAUUGUUGGAAUCACAAUAUGAACACAAUACAUUAACAAAAUCAAUGGAUAAAGUACAUUGUGAAAAAAACACAAUGGAGACUAUUGAUAUACCUCAACCAAGUAUAUUCAAUCUAAACUUGGACAAUAGUAGUCCGGCUACUGAUAUUGGUUCUUAUGAUGACGGAAAGGUGCUUAAUCAUAAUAAUAAUUCGACUGACAAUGAUAGUUCUGACGAUGAAGGAAAAUUGCAGAUUGAAUGUGAUUUCGACAACUACAGUGACAAAAAUUCUAAAACUUUAGAUUCGUUACAAAAAUGUGAUAACAAUGUAUCAUUAAACUCUUCUAAUGUCUUAUCUUUAUGUGGAAGUAAUAGUACUUCUUCGGAAGACAUAGGAGGAAAAAAGGUUUUAGAACCUAAAAAUAUGAUAUCUGUAUUCAACAAGGAAGAAGACUUGGUUACAAAUAUAAAUGUUACUCAAGGAAAUAACAAUGAAUUAUUUUCAUUAAAUAAUUUUGAUACCAAUGACAAAGACACGGCUUUGCCAAUAACAAUUGUUGAACCUAAAGAAGAUCAACAAUCCAGCAUAAAGGUUCAACUUGAUUAUAUGUCCCCCAAUCUUACAGUUGAUAUGUGUAAUGAAUUAUAUUUAAAAGAAUACUCAAAUAACGACAUAUUAUCAUUUCCGAAACACAUUCAAGAUAUAUUUACAGAGAUGUUAGUCGAUGUGCCUUAUGUUCCCAUGUGUUUUCAUUUAAAUGUGCCUGAAUGUGAUGAUCCGGAAUUUACAAUUGGUAGUAUUGCAAAUACUAAAACACAAGAUAUAAAUGUAAAUGAUAUGCCAUUAGAAAUCAGUAAUGUUGAUAUGAAAGAAGAUGUUGGCGAAAGCAUUGGAAAACUCGAUGAAUCCAACGAAACGAGCUGUGAAAUUAAAACACCUAAAAAAAAAAAGAAAAAAAAGAAAAAUACAGCUUUACAACAAAAGAAACAACAUACUCCCAAGAGUAAUAUGAAAAUUAGAUGCAACCUAAGAGAAUUUAUUAAUUCAAACAAGCCUAUAAAUGAAGUAGUGGAAUCUAAAGAAUUUAGAAACCUAAGAUUUUUCAGUGAAGAGGAUAUCGCUUGUUCAUUUGGAGUAUUUCUUUUUGAAAAUACUCUCGGUGUACCAGUAAUAAACGGAUUGGAACCCUACAAAGUCGACUAUUCUCAAUUGGAUGAUGCCAAGAAGUUUGAAAAUUUGAGAAGCACAAAUUUGCACAUUAUUUGCCCUAAAAUAGUAAGGUUAACCUUGCUCACUUUGGCACUAGCAAAAAUGAUCAGGAAAGAUUCAUUAAUUCAUAAGAUUUUAAAUGUCAUUCGGAAGAAUAUAUUAAACAAAAAAUUGAAUGUUAACCAUCAGAUUGAUAAUAUGAUCAUUACACAAACAACAUAUUUUGUUGACAUAUGUGUGCGAUUAAGACUAUUGAAGACUUUACAAAUGUUUAUUUUCGACUCAAUGGUAUUAUUACCUAAUAAGUAUUGCUGUGUCAUAUUUGUAUCGUUAUUGAUGUGGAAAAGUUGUUUACCUAGGAAACUAAAUGAUCAGCAGGACCCUGUUCUUGUACCUAUUUUAUCAUGUUUGAUUGCUAAACAGAAAUUCUACUCUGAACAGUUUAUUGGCCCUGAUAUUUACCAGCGAGAGUUAAUUAAUUUGCUAUCAUUUCAUUUUAAUUACUCGUUUAGCACAGAGUUACCUGUAAAUUUCAUGCAGCACAUAAACAAACCAGAUUUUUUCGUAUCUAUCGUUUUAUUUUUGAAAUGUUGUAAUCCCAAAGACAAGGUCGAAUUUAUUGUGAAUUGUCUGUUUCCAAUCAUUGAGAAUUACUUGAAUACUCAACAAAAUGAAGGAAAUGCUUUAAAAACCCUACAAGCAUUGGUUAAAUCAAUUCCACCAUUCAAAACAUCUUGUAACACUAUCGUGGCUACCUAUGUAAAUAAAUACAAACGCUUAGUCUACCCGAAUAAAGACUAUAAAGAACAUAUUAAUAUAACCAUGUACAACUGUUAUAAGACGCUGCAAGAAAAGUUUCUAUCGUACUUUAAUGAUAAUCGUAAUCGUUCUCGUUUGUUUGAAGAAUCGCUUGCGACUUUAAUUAUGGUUUUGGGCUCAGUUGAUUAUGCAACAAGUACUGUAGCUUUGAUGAAAUGGAAACCAAAGUACAAGCUGUCUGCACUUUUAUUAAAAAAAAUUACCAUUUUUAAAUCUGUUCUGGGAUCAGAGUUAUGGGACAAGUUAUGCGACAUGGAUGACUACAAUAUGGUCAACUGUAUCAUUAAUAGUUCUUUGUUGAAAAGUAAAAACGUUUAUCGAGUGAUAACCCAAGUGCAUGCUAUUCAAUAAGUCCACAACAUAGAAAUAAUUCCUAUUUCUACGAAAUUACUUGAUUCUAUCAUUGUUUAUUAUUUUAGUUUAAUAUAAAAACCAAAAGUGUAAAUUUUGUAUUAUUAUUUUAAUAUUUAUAAAUAAUUUUGACUGAUAAUGUCUGUGAUAAUUAUAAUAUUGGUUAGCCAAUAUAAUAAAUAAUAUAACCUUUUCAAAAACUCGGAACUCUGCUUAUUUUUGUACGCGGAUUUAGAUAGAUAUUGUAUUAUAAAAAUGACAAAUG